AUGGCCAUGCUGGGCAAUGCCGACGUCCUGAAGGACCUUCAUCACGAUUUGGCCCGGAAAUACCGCCUCCACGGGUCCAAGGUUCAGGAUAUCUGGAGGUCAUUCACCAAGGCGCAGCGCUCUAAGGCUAUGAAGGCUGGCGCGGCAGGCGAGGCUGUGCCUAGACAUCGCCGAGAUCCCCUGUUGUCUGGUACCGUCAGCAUCAUUCCCGAGUGGAAUCUAAAAGGUAUCACGGAGCCUGGUUCUGACUUCUUCUUGGAGCUUCUUCGCCACCGUGCUACCACCUCGCUCAACUACCAGUAUGCCCAGGGCAUGGACGACAGCAGUUUGGGUGAUCAUGCUUUCGUCCUUCAGAUGAUGAGCAAAAACACCCUCCGCUACCCGGAUACAAAUGAUGAUUGCUGGUCACUGUUCUUUGACGAGGAAUAUUACGGAAAGUAUAUCAGAGUCAAAGCGGAUCGUGACAGCUUCUUGUCUCAGAUGGGGCCAUGCAUAAAUAACGGAACCUGUGUAUCGCAAGCGACUGGAGACCUCAUUGUAGCCAGGCAAUUAAACUUGGCACAGUUGCUCGUCAUCAUCAUCGACGAUAUUCUCGAGCUUGGCUCAACCACCAGAGCACAAAACGAGCGCCUUCAGAAGCGAGACACGGCUUCCGCCACAGCUGCUCUGGCGAAAUUGACCAUCAGAUCCAAGCCGACCAAGUUCGCUUUGUCAGAUCUCCUGGAAAUUGCCAUGGAACAAAAGGCCUCAAUGAACGAUGAGCUCAACCUCAUGUACAUCGAACCUGUCGUUCUCGCCCACUACGUCAACAUCUGGUUUUACAGUCGCCCAGAGCUGGUCGCCGACGAGAAGGGUCGUAUCCUUCCGGCACUGACCGAUCGAUACAUCAGCGCCACUAUGUUCGACGCUAUCCAAAAUGCUGUCAAGACUGUCGCAGUAUGGAACUACAUCACUUGUCUCCUUCAGUUACUCCAAGACACAACCGACAAAGUCUAUCGCGUAGCUAUUCAUCAGGAACUUUCCAACACCUGCCAGAUGGAAUUCAGCAGGACUCAGAGUCUGCUGAAACGCCAUGUCCAAUCCGGUGCUGGCGCAAAAUUCUUCAAGCGCAUUGCCAAUGCCACCGGUUAUGGCAACGCACGCGUGGUAAUGAAGGUGAAACCUGAGACACUCACGCGCGAGAAUCCCCAGCUACACUACUUGCUACGGCUAUGCCAGACCGAGACCACAGCCGCAAAGGCGGUGGUCUGGUUGGACCAGGUGUCAAGCCUCCACAAGUCGCACAUCGAUGAGCGGGAGCGGCUGGCGGAGAGGGAGUUUGACGCAGUCUGCGACACCGCUGCUAUCGUUUCUCUCAUGCAAGAUCUAUACUCUGGCAUCUCAAUGCCACCUCCAUCACGAAACAAAGGUCAACUCUUCGUCUCCCGUUUGAGAAAUCUCGAGACAGAUCUGAGCGAGCUGAAGAAAGAACUCGACCUCACAGAUUUUGUCGUUCCCAUCGACAACCUUCUGGAGACUGGGAUGGCGGAAAAUGCACUGAAGGCCCUUCGUGAUUUUGUUGUUGAGAAAGCAGGCUCAGAUAUGGAUUUUCUGUACCAAGAUGCCAUCGAUGAUUCCAUUGGCGAUCUCGACAAACAGUACCGGCAGGUCAAGGCAAAAACAGAGCAGAUCCAGACAAAUUUUUCCCCCAUUCUCGAUCAGGCAGCAGAGUCUUCCCAGACGCGGAUCAAACAGCGCAGGGAGAAGCACAAGACCAGACCAGCACACCCAUUGACUUACGAGAUCAGCCCGCCUGCCGAGGCGCGCGAUGACGAGGACCCAGCUGCCACUGUGCCCCGGGAGAAGAAACAGGUCAAAUCCUCCACUUUUGAUGUCUUCUCCACCUUCUUCUCAAAAGCCGAAGCUCGAGGUUCAGUCAGCUGGGUGGCAUUCGAGGCAGCCAUGGCAGACCUGGGCUUCUCUGUCAUCCCGAAGUUCGGGUCGGUCUUCACCUUCCUGCCGCCUGAGACCAUGGGUGCAACAAGGUCAUUCACUGUGCAUCGGCCUCACAAGUCCAAUAUCGAGGGUUGGCAGUUGCCUAUUAUCUCCCGUCGGCUCAAGAGAGUGUAUGGAUGGGAUGAGAACACAUUUAAGGUGAUCUGA